CGGCAAUCGAAAGGGAUGGGAGUAAAAUGGCGACCCUUGUGCUUGUAAAUUUAGUGUUUGUUUUAAAAAAGUACGCCUAAAUGGAACAAAUAUGCACAUUGUUUUAGUUUAAGGGACGCCGAAAUACAAUAAGAACAUGGAUGCUGUAAAAUCGUUUAACGCAGAGCUUUCUGCUCUGUAUGAGGUGAAACCACCUAUAUCAAAGGCUAAAAUGACUGCCAUCACCAGAGGAGCCAUAAAAGGCAUAAAGUUUUAUAAACACGUUGUUCAAAGUGUGGAAAAGUUUAUACUAAAGUGCAAACCUGAAUACAAAGUGCCUGGAUUGUAUGUUAUUGACUCUAUUGUGAGGCAGUCUCGACAUCAAUUUGGAGGCGAUAAGGAUGUGUUUGCACCUAGAUUUGCCAAAAAUAUGCAACAGACCUUCCUUAAUUUAUUUAAAUGCCCUCCAGAAGAUAAAAGUAAAAUCAUAAGGGUAUUGAACCUAUGGCAGAAAAACCAAGUUUUCGCGCCGGAAGUGGUACAGCCGCUAUUCGACCUGGCCGAUCCCAACAAUCCUAUCCAUAAAGAGCUGGAAGCCCAGGCGGCUAACGGGAUAAACCAAGCGGCCGCAAAUAUCGCCAAAGGUUCACCGGCUCUUCAAAAGACCCCGACCAAGGGAAAUCAGCCACAAGGGAACGACGUCGCACACGGACCUGCUAAUUUGAAUUUGACCGAUCCGAUGAUAUUAGCCCAAUUGCAAAGAUUACUUCAGAGGGGCGCAGACGCAGGCAAGGCUGACUGUCCGGUGCAUUUUGACAAAAAACUCCUUGACUAUGAUUACGGUGACGAUGAUGAAGAAGUCAAUCCGUCCCCGAGGCCUCCCCAGGAUUCAGUAUCUAGUCUUUUGCAAAAUCCAGAAGUUAUCAGACACCUCCAGACAAUUCAACAAGGCAUGCAAACUGGAAACGACAUGGAUAUUGAUAAAAUAAGAAAACUUCAAGAAAUGAAACAACAAGAAGAUGAAUUUGACAAACACUUAGCACAAACUGUUCCGAAUUUGCCAUUUGCCGCAGAAUGCGAAUUUAAACCGGGCGGAAACAACCCAUCCAUGAUGGGCGGGUAUUUCAUGCCGCCUGGCCAAGAUCUUCAACUUCCACCGCCCGGUUACAAGACGUCGGAAUACGACCCAAACCAGCAAAACAACGGCGACUUUUCUGGUGGAAACAACAAUGGCAGGGACGUGGAAGUAAUUAAUUUGGACCACGACGAUUCGCGCAGCCCGUCGCCCGAUGAAAGGUACAGAGAUAGGAGGAGAAGGAGCAGAUCUAGGUCGAGAGAUAGGGGCAGAGAUAGGGAUAGAAGAAGAGGAAGGAGCAGGUCUAGAUCUAGGGGUAGAAGACACAGAAGUCGUUCUAGGGAGAGGAACAGGGGCAAAGAUAAGGAUAAAGAGAAAGAAAAGGAAUCCGAAAAGGAUAAGGAGCGAAAAAAACGUGGAUUGCCGGCAAUUAAACCCGAAAACCUAAGCGUUUGCAGUACAACAUUGUGGGUGGGUCAUCUUUCGAAAUUGGUUCACCAAGACGAUUUAUCAAACACCUUCGGCGAAUUCGGAGACGUAGUCAGCAUUGACCUGAUUCCGCCAAGGGGUUGUGCUUUUAUCGUGAUGCACAGACGCCAAGACGCAACCAGAUGCCUGAACAAACUAAAGAAUCACGUGCUGCAUGGCAAAGCAAUAACCCUGGCCUGGGCUCCAGGCAAGGGGGUCAAAGGCAAAGACCUGAAAGACUACUGGGAAGGCGACCUGGGCGUUUCCUACAUACCCUACAGCAAAAUCAAACCGGACAUCGACCUGGAAUUGCUCGAGGACGGCAGCAUGCUCGAUGAGGACACAAUGCCCGACUGGCUCAAAAACAAGGCUACCAUGAUGGCUAAUCGUCAAGCGAAUCCUUUCAUGGCAAUGCCAGACGUGACGGCAGCCUCAGUCGCCGCCGCCCCCCCGACCGUGGACACCAGCCAGCCGCCUCCGUUGCCAGGCGCUGGUCUACUUCAGCCGCCACUGCUGCCCCUCGUGUCGCCAUUCCAAUUAAAUAACAGAUUUUUGGGCAUGAACGUGCCGCCGGGAAUGAACGUGCCUCCGGGAAUGAACGUGCCUCCGGGAAUGAACGUGCCGCCGGGUAUGAACGUGCCGCCGGGAAUGAACGUGCCGCCGGGAAUGAACGUGCCGCCGGGCAUGAUGCCCAACAUCCCAAUCGGGGUGCCGCCCCCGAACAUGCCGACGCCCAUGAUGCCCAAUCAAUUAUUGGGAUUGAAUUCGCCAUUCCAAGGUCCGCCUGGAUUAAUGCAGCAAAAUCAGGGACACGCAGAUGGGAACCUAAAGCUUAGCGACACCUUAAUGAAUAUGGCGCAACCUUUUGCCAUGGUGCCCCAACCUCCUAUGAGUAUGCCACAUGACGAUAACAUGGAUGUCGAGAUGGAAGAUGCCGAUAAAUCCGAUAAGCCUUCUAUGCCUUUAAGCGAACAACUGCAAGCGUCCUUAAAUCAGUUUAGCAGAGAAGAUCGAGAUGGCGAUAAACGAGAUGGAAGAGACGAUAGGGGCAGAAGAAGAUCGAGAAGCAGAGACAGAGAUCAUAAUCGGGGAGAUAGAGACAGGCGCAGCAGGGACAGAGAUCGCGACAGGAGGGAUUCGCGCGACACUAGUCGCGGUCGCGGAGGCCGAGGAGACAAUAGACGCGGCGGAGACCGCAGAGACGACAGGCCACGGGACAGGCCAAACCGGUGGGGAGACCGCGACAACAGCGACAGCGGCAUCCGCGAUGCCAAAAGACCUCCGCCACCGAACGACACGGACCGCCGCGAUCGAGAAAAAACGCUCAACGAUCGUCUGCAAGAGAUGGCCGGCAUGGCUGGAGGAGGAGGCGGUGGCGGAGGAGAUAGAAGGGAAAGGGAGAGAAAUAAUUCCGAAUCGAGCAAUAGAAAGUUUCCGUUGGACGGGCCUCCUGAAGGCGAUAUUUUUAUGCCUGGCGGACCUCCAGACAGUUUUAGAGGACCUCCUAUUGGAGAAUUUGGGCCUCCUAACGAUUUUGGACCGCCCUCAGAGUUUGCACCACCAGCUGAGUAUGGACCGCCCAGGGGACCUGUUGACAGGCAUCCUAGAGGGCCGAUGCGCGAAGAUUUCCCCAUGGACUUCAACCCUCGCUUGAACUGUCCGCCGAUGAUGGGUCCAGACAUGAUGGAUGGACCGCCGGACAUGAUGGACGGUCCACCCCUAAUGAUGGAUGGCCCUCCACAUAUUAUGGACGUGCCGCCUCAUCUUCUAAACGGUCCGCCCCAUUUAAUGGAUGGCCCCCCCCACAUGCACCGAAUGCAUCCCGACGAUUUCAGGGGCCGCGACCGCAGAGACUUCAGGGACGACUUUGAUCACCCCAGGAUGCGAGGUCCACCAGGUCCGGAUUUCUAUCGCGGCGAAGAUUUCGGACCUAGAGGACCCAGAGGGAUGAUGAGAGGCGGUCCUGAUUUCGGGCCGAGAGGGCCCAUGAUGAGGGGCGAAUUUGGACCUAGAGGUCCCAGAUUCGGACCAAGAGGGGGCCCACAUAUGAGACCUAGAGGUCCUAGAUUUGACGGGCCUCCAGGCUUUGGACCGCGUUUCGACGGUCCGCCAGAAUUCUUCCGGGGUGGUCCGGGUCCUAGAGGACCGCCGCCUCCGGGAAUGUUUGACGAACCGCCGCAUAUGCGCCACCGCGGCGGACCCCCCAUGGGGGGCGGCCCGCCGUUCGAAGAGAGGCGCAGAGAAAGAGGCGGUAGUAAAAGCGACGAAAACAAUGAAAGAAGGAGUCGCUGGGGCAACACAACACCCACAGUAGAUGAGGGUGGUGAAAAAAGUGAUGCACCUGAGAUGCCUGAAGAUGGAGGAGAAGCAAAUAAAGAAACAAAUGAAGAAGGCAAAGGGGGCAACAGCACGCCUUUGCACGACGAGUGUCAACCUAUAGAGGAUAAUAUGGCCCCAGCAGGAAACCUAGAUUUACAAUCCGCUCCCCCUGCUGAACCUGAGACUGCUGAAAGAGAUCCAGCACCAGAAGCUGAAAAACCAGCUGAGUAAAUUUAAUCUAUACAUACAUGCGCUCAUUUGACAGGUUUGAUCGAAAUUAAAUCCGCAUUUUGUUUUUUACCUUGUUAAUUAUAAUUAAAUCAUCAAAUUGUUUCCAUUAAGAAUAUUGAGAGAUAUUUUUUUAUUGCCGCUAUAAAUUUUGACCAGGUACAAAUUUAGUUGAUCCACAGAUUAAAUGAUUGGUAGUUAUGUAAAUAGUUUUAAAUAUUUAUUAAGCAAUGAGAACUUAAGUGGAAUUGAACUAUUGAGAAGCUGUGAUAGUGUAGUGAACACAGGUGACCCCCCUGUUAAAGGGAUAAUCUUGUAAUUUUUUUAUGUGAAAAAUAAAUAUUUUUUAUUUAUUCAUACAAACUUUAGCUUUUAUUUGGGGUUUACAGCUUCUUACUGAUAAAAUAUUGGAAUAAUGCAUGCUCAAUAUAAACAGAUUAUUAUCAGUGGGAAGUGCAAUUAAUAAAGGUAUAAUAUAUGACAACAUUCAUCAAAAAAGGUAGGUCCCUUGUGUUCACAACAGCUGACCAGGAGGAGCUGGGUGCCUACUUUCAAAUGGAAAGUCAGGUGCAAGGUACAGUUCAAGUUCUCUUUUAUUAUAUUUUAGACAUUUGUAGCAAUACAAAACCGCAGAAAAUUAUUUUAUAUAUCUACUAAAUAAUAUUGCUAGCUACAUCAUUAGAGCAAAACUUACUGAUGUUUUGUAUUGCUUUAAAUAUAAAAUGAAACAAUUUCAACUCAAAAUUACUUUUUAUUGAACAAUCUGCAUGAAUUGAUAAAUUUGUAUUUAUUAUUAUGUAUAUUAUAUAUUAUAUUGUUUCAUUUUUUGUUUAUGACAAUUUAUUAAAUUUAUGAUAAUUAUUGUUUAGUAUAUAGUUUUUACUAAUUAUUGUGUAUAUACAUAUGGUUAUGUAUGUGCCUAUCCAGUGUUCUAUAUUUUUUUUAUGGAAAAUGAUUUUCUUAUAUCAUGGGUUUUGUGUGUUUUGUUUUUUUAUGUAUGUGUAAUAAUGUAUUGCAAAUAUAGUUGUACAAAAUUAACAGUUUUUAUUUUAGUAAAAUAAUCAUUUUAUCUAUAUUCAAAAAAAAAAUUAAGACAAUAGAACAAGUUUUUAAAUUUAUAUAUUUAAUUUCAAAUCCGUUGAUUUUAUUUUAAUGAAAAAAUUAAAUAUUAAAAAAAUACAAAUUAAAACUUUUCUUGCAGAAAAC